CUGACUUUCGACGAUUCUAUCGUGCGCUCACAGGCAUCGCUCGACCCCCUUCGUCCCACAUGCAAACUAAAAACAAAAAUCAUUUUUAACAUCUAAAAUUAAAAAUCCUACCGAAUCUCCUAAAAAACUCAAGGAGAAAAUUAACAUUAUUAAACCCAGCCAGCACACCCUCCCAAAUAUAAUCAAAUGCUGCUGAGACGGUAGGACGCCCUCCUCGCCUAUUCUAACCUCAGAACAUACAUGGGUUCUCACCGGCGCAUCUCUCCUCUGGCGGUGGCCGCAUGCUUACCGCCCUGCUACCUCCGGCCGCGUCAGCACCGGCCGCUCCUCUCCCGCCUUACACAAACCACACCGUCGGUGGGACCGCCGGAUGGUUCUUCGACGUCAAGAAGAACUCCUCGUCCGCCGACUACUCCAAGUGGGCCCGGUCCCAGUCCUCCUUCUACCUCGGCGACUUCCUCAUUUUCAAGACGAACUCAAACAUGUCGGUGGUGCAAACCACCAACAAGACCACUUACAAUCGCUGCGACGCCAGCGAGGACGACGGGGCCCUAAUCUACACGAUCCCCGGCGUCGACAACGAAAAGUUCGGCGUCUCCGCCUCGAGCCGCCCUCUCACGCGCCGUGGCGCCAACUACUUCCUCUCGGACCCCGACGACGGGAUCCAGUGCGUCAAGGGCAUGAAGGUUCGAGAUCGAAGUUGAGUAAGUG